AUGAACGGCGGAGGAAACAUAGUCUGUGUCACUGGAGCUUCUGGAUACAUAGCGUCAUGGAUUGUUAAGCUUUUGCUUAUCCGUGGCUACACUGUCAGGGCCACCGUUCGAGACCCAAAUGAUCAAAAGAAAACGGAUCAUCUUCUUGCACUUGAUGGCGCAAAAGAAAGACUCAAAUUAUUCAAAGCAAAUCUUUUAGAAGAAGGUUCUUUUGAUCAUGCAGUCGAUGGAUGUGAAGCUGUCUUCCACACUGCUUCACCGGUUACACUCACUGUCGAUGAUCCUCAGGCUGAACUGAUCGAUCCGGCAGUCAAGGGUACUUUAAACGUCCUAAAGACAUGUACCAAAAUGUCUUCUGUCAAAAGGGUCAUUGUAACAUCGUCCAUCGCGGCAGUUGUUGCUCAUGUGUCCGUCAUUGGACCAAACAGCUUAGUAGAUGAAACCAUGUUCUCUAAUCCAAAUUUCUGUGAAGAGAAGAAGCAAUGGUAUGCACUCUCGAAGACUUUGGCCGAAGAUGCAGCAUGGAAGUUUGCCAAAGCCAAUGAGAUCGACAUGAUAGUAAUGAAUCCAGGACUUGUUAUUGGACCACUCUUGCAGCCAACUCUUAAUUUAUCUGUAGAUGUGGUUGUGGAUCUGACAAAGGGUAAGGAUCCUUUUAUGAGUAAACAUUAUAGGUUUGUGGACGUGAGAGAUGUUGCUCUAGCUCAUAUCAAGGCAUUCGAGACUCCAUCAGCCAAUGGUAGAUAUAUCAUUGAUGGUCCCGUUGUUGUGACAUUAAACGACAUUGAGAAAGUGUUGCGUGAAUUCUUCCCUGAUUUGUGCAUUGGUGAUGAUGAUAAGAACCAUGUUGACAUGAAGCUUGAUUUAGUGACAUACAAAGUGUGUGUUGAGAAGGUGAGAAGUCUGGGAAUUGAGUUCACUCCUACCGAAACAACCCUUAGAGACACUGUUUUGAGCCUCAAGGAAAAAUCUCUUCUGUGA